CAAAGAAAAAGUAAGAAAAGCGACAAAGAGAGCUACGCCCUUUUGUGAAGUGAUGGAAUGCACAUCUUGUGCGAGGGGUAGAGCUCUUGAUUUUAAUGGACCAUUGCCUGGAAGUUCGCCUAUUGGUAGACUUACACAACUUUUAACUCCGAUAGGUUUUGCUUUAGGUUUGCACGAAUUCCGUGAAUCAACCGUUGUGCCCGUCAAACUCUGA